AUGCCUAUUACCGAGAUCGGCUGCAUGGGCGUUAAGCCUUCACUUGAUGUCAUCAACGACAAUACGACAGAGGGCGAAAUUCUGACCAAGUUAUACGAAUAUGUGGUUACUGCACCUGGAGGACCACUUCGGGUGUAUUGGGGUCUCGAGAACGAGAAUCCGUCCUACCUUUGGGCACUGUUCGACUGGGAUUCGAUUGAGGAUCACGAGAAGUUUGCUAAAACACUAGGCCAGGAAGCCGUAAAAGAUAUGCCAAAAAUCCUGACCCAUGGCUUAUUUACGAAGCACAUUGCCUUCACACCAUCCCUACCAGUGGCUCUACAGUCUCCUAUGACAGAGGUCAUCUUGGCUUAUUUCCCCUCGGAUGACAUAUCGGCUCAGAAAAAUGCAGCCAUCUCACAUCUCAAAAAUGUGGAGGAAAACCUAAAGAGCUGUUCAGACAUUGGGCCUCUGAGCUACGGAUGGGGCGUGGAAAACGACUUCCCCAUCAGGGGCAGACAAGAAAACCAGAGAGCAUCAAUCCUUAUGUUCUUCAUUGGACUUGAUAGUAUUGAUGCACACCCAACUUUUAGGAAGACAUCGACAUUUGAGAAGCUGUUAAGCUUGAUCCAAAACAUGGAGGGCAUCAUUAAGCUAGAAUUUUUCUCCGUCAACUUCCGAUCGCUGAGCAGAAACGCUGAAACGGAGAAUUCCUGA